AUGGCUGUGUCCAGAAUGGCGGCUCUCUCCCUCGCGACCUGCACGCGCGUCGCCUCACGGGCCGCCAUGUCGGCGCUCAGGGCGCCGGCUCCCGCGCUGGGGUCCCUGCAGACGGCGGCCAUUGCGCCGCUAAAGGCGGCGAGCUUCAGCGGCCGUCAGAUGAUGCAGCGACCCACGUGGUCCCUCACGAGGUCGUUCCACCGCAGCCCCGUGGUGUGCGCGGAGCUCACCCGGUCGCUCAGCCGAUCGCCGUCCGGCGAGUUCGAGACGCUCGAGUACCGUCUCUUCUUCCAAAACGACCAGGGCGAAACCCUGUCCCCGUGGCACGACAUUCCUCUGCGCGCCGGUGAUGGUCUGUUCAACUUCAUCUGCGAGAUCCCCAAGGACACCAGCGCCAAGAUGGAGGUCGCCACUGACGAGCCCGGCACGCCCAUCAAGCAGGACGUCAAGAAGGGCAAGAUCCGAUACUACCCGUACAACAUCCACUGGAACUACGGAAUGCUGCCACAGACGUGGGAGGACCCUUCGCAUGCCAACCCCGAGGUUGACAACACCAUGGGCGACAAUGAUCCCGUUGACGUGGUGGAGAUUGGCGAGAAGCAGGCGGCAUUGGGAGAGGUGUAUGCAGUGAAGCCGCUGGCAGUGCUGGCCAUGAUUGACGACGGGGAGCUCGACUGGAAGGUCAUCUGCAUCCGCGCUGAUGACCCCAAGGCGGACCUUGUGAACGACGUGGACGAUGUGGAGAAGGAGUUCCCUGGCACGCUGACGGCGGUGCGGGAUUGGUUCAGAGACUACAAGCUGCCGGACGGCAAGCCGCCCAACAAGUUUGGCCUGGGCAACAAGCCGGCUGACAAGGCCACGGCACUGCGCGUGAUUGAAGAGACGAAUGAGUUCUGGUCGAAGCUCGUCAAACGGGUUACUCCCAAGAACGGCCUCUCGCUGGUGUAG